AUAUUGUUUUUUUUGUUUUAUUUACUAUGCGUUUAUUCAAGUGACGCAAGAACAUUCGUAUCUUUUUCUAUAAAACAUGAAUAUUUUUAUACCAAAUAAGUAAUCAUCCAAAAUAAAUGUGUAUAAUAAUUAUUAAAUAGAAUCUAUUAUUGUAGAAAAAUAGAAUAUAUUAAUUUGAGGUUGAGUUUAAAGUAAUAUUGAAAAAAUAUUAUUGCGUUUAAUCAAUCGCGGACUAUAGUUCUUCAAUAUUGGAUAAAAUGGAACAAUUGCAUCAAUCAAAUAACUCUUUGUUGAUUGAUAAUAUGGAUAAAAAUGUUACAGAAUUAAAUAAAUCUGAUUCCUGUAAUGAUAAAGUGGAAUAUACAAAUCAACAUUUAUUAAAAUCAAAAAUUUCAUUAGAUAAAAAGAAUGGAAAUCAACGGAAAACAAUAAAUUUGCAACAAGUUGAGGAAUUGUAUGGUGACAGUGAAAUAGAUAAUAAAAUUGAUGGGGAAGAUACAAAACUAUCUAGUAGCAGUGAUAAUAGUAAUGAUACAAUGUUAUCUAUCAAUAACUGUAAAUUGACAGAAUUUGAUUCAAAAUGUAAUAAUAACGCAAAUGAUAUCGAUAAAAAAAUUGAGUUUAGAAGUAGAAGUGGUAGUACUGAUACAACAGGUUCAGAAAGUGGAUCAAAUAAUUCUGGUGUAAGGAGAAGUAGUAGAAUUAGAUCAAUUGGUUUAAUGAAACAAAGAUCCCGUGGACGGGGUUUAGUUACAAAACCUAAUACAGAUAUUUCAAAAACAAAUGUUCAGCAAGAACGAGAAAAAAUAGUCAAUAAUAUUGUUUCAAUUGCUCAAGAAAUGAAAAUAGAUAAUCCAUCUGAAUUACAAUCAGACAAAGAAGCAAACAUCAAUAAGACAACGAAUACAUUUGAAUCCCUCUCAUUAUUAACAACAACUUGUAAUGCUACAGGCUAUGAUUCAGAUUCCUGUAAACCUGUUAAAGUAAAGUCUCGUUGGCGAAGAUCUAGUGAACUUGAAAUGGGUGGAUCAAAUACAGGAGUUGCAUCUACAUCAACAGUAGGAUCUAUAUUUGGAACCAUAACUGCAAAUAUAUCUGAAUUUGGAUCAUGUUCAACGCUUAAAUCUUCAACUGGAGUUUUAGCAGAUAUUAAUUCUUCAGAAUCUAUAUCUGGAACUGCAUUAGUUGCAAAUUUUCAAUCUAAUAUAGAUAUAGAACAAACAAAGGAAAUACCAGUAUCAACUAAUAAUAAUAAUAUUGUGCAAAUUCCAAAAACAGUUGGUGCAAGAAUUUCAUUACCUAUGGUUUCUGAGAUAGAAGACAGAGAAAUGGAAGAAAGGCUAAGUCAGUUUGAAAAUUUACGUGAAAAUUUAUAUUUGACAGAAAGAUAUACAAAUAAGGAAACAAAAAGAAUGGUAUGCGAUUGUUUUUUAACAGAAGAAGAAAUUGAAAGAGGAGAAUUAGGUUGUGGUGAAGAUUGUUUAAAUAGACUUCUUAUGAUAGAAUGUGGACCUCGAUGUGUAGUAGGUGAUCGUUGCACAAAUAAAAGAUUUCAAAAUUGUGAAUAUGCAAAAUGUGAAGUAUUUAGAACAGAAAAGAAAGGAUUUGGUCUACGAGCUAUGGUCGACCUUUUAGCAGGAGAAUUUAUAAUGGAGUAUGUAGGUGAAGUAGUUGAUCCUAAAGAUUUUCGACGUAGAGCAAAAGAAUAUUCAAAAGAUAAAAAUAAACAUUAUUAUUUUAUGGCAUUAAAAUCUGAUCAAAUUAUUGAUGCCACUAUGAAAGGAAAUGUUUCUCGAUUUAUAAAUCAUAGUUGUGAUCCUAAUUCUGAAACACAAAAAUGGACAGUGAAUGGUGAAUUGAGAAUUGGCUUUUUUAACAAAAAAUUUAUAGCUGCUGGUGAAGAAAUUACAUUUGAUUAUCAUUUUCAACGUUAUGGUAAAGAAGCACAGAAAUGUUUUUGUGAAGCACCCAAUUGUCGUGGUUGGAUUGGUGAAACGCCCGAGGAAGAAAAAGAAAAAAUUGAAAAGAAAGAAAAACGUGAGAAAGAUAUGAAAAAGAAAAAAGGUGAAAAGAAACAAGCUGAUUAUAUGGAAGAUGAAGAUUUGGAGGAAGAAAUAGAUAAAUUAUGUUCGGGUGGUUUAAAAAAUAGAGCUCACACAUUAACAUUAAGUAGAUUAAUGGUACGUAGCAGAGAAUUAGAACACAGAACACGUCUUCUACGUCUGAUACAAAGUGGUGAACAGCCAUGUCGAAGAUUAUUUUUGGAUUAUCAUGGUUUACGUUUGAUUUGGAGUUAUGUUAUGGAUAUUUCUACAAAUGAUACAGACGAAGCACAACAAUUUCGUUUAGAAGUUUUGAAAACUUUAAAUACACUUCCAAUUCCUAAUAAAACAAUGUUAAUGGAUAGUAAAAUUUAUAAUGUAGUAGAAAAAUGGUCUAGACGAUUAUAUUUUUCUCUAAAUGGAGAUUCUCCAGAUGAUGAUCAAGGAAAAUUAAAAUCAAAUAAUGAUGAAUUACAAAUUAAUUAUGAUAAUAAUGAAAAAAGAAAUUCCUAUCAAUUAAUUGAUACAGAUAAACAAGAAAAUAAUAUUGAAAUUACCGAAAUAAAAUCUGAUAAUGCAGAUCAAAAUCUCAUUCCCGAAUUAGCUUCGAGUCUUUUAGCCGAAUGGUCAAAUUUAAAAGAAGUUUUUCGUAUACCAAAAAAAGAGAGAAUUGAACAAAUGAAAGAACAUGAAAGAGAAGCAGAUCGUGGAUACAGAGAAGAAUUAGAAAAAGAAGAAAAAAGAGGAACAUCAUAUGAUAGACAUAGAUAUGGAAGGAACGAACCUGAGAAACGUGGGGAUAGAAGACGUGGGCGAGAAUCUCCAGAAUCCGAGCAUAUUCGAACAAAAGAUAAGAGAAUAGAGGAAAGAAGUAGUUUAGUUCCAAUUCCACGAAUGACGAAAUAUGAGCGUAGACAAUUAUUUGCUUUAAAAGUAGCUAAAGAAGAAGAAGAACGACAACGACGUCAACAACAAGAAUCAUGGCAAGAUCAUGAAACUAGAUGUUUGGCAUUAGGCAUAGAUCCUCAUACUACAGCUAUGGUAGAUCCACAAACAGGAUAUCCUGUUUUUUAUAAUCCAUCAAUUGGACAAUGGCAACAGUAUCCUACACAAGAUGGAGAAAUAAAUCAGCAAUGUACUCCAGUAUAUGUAGGUGGACCACAAACAAUACCUGGUCAUACUCAAUCUGGAAUAGUACCACAAAGUUCACAUGUUUUACAAUCAUCAAUUUCUUCUGAAAUAUCAUCUGGAAUGUCGAAUAAUAUACCUUCAGGAGUUCCUCCAGUAGUGUAUACAUUAAGUCAAACACCUGUAUUUAAUCAAACCACAACAGCUUAUUCUUUAUUGCCUCAUUGUCAUCAACAAUAUUCUGAAGGCCAAUUGUCACUUUCAAAUAAUUUAGUUCCUAGUGGCACAACAGUUACACUUCAAACAGAAUCUCUUUACGAACAUAUGGAAAAACAAUCAGAUCAACAAUUUCCUGCAACAUUCAAACAACCACAAUCUGAAAUACCUCCUAUAGAUUUACCACCUAAAUGGAAAAGUGCAACUGAUACUAGAGGCAGAACAUAUUAUUAUCAUGUAAAAGAACGAAUAUCACAAUGGUUACCUCCUCCUCCAGAUCAUAUUGGAGUUCAACCAGAUUCAUCAUCAACUUCAGAAUCUAGCGAAGAAUCAACUUCAUCAAAUGAAGAUGAUGAAGAAAUUGAAGAAGAUAAUAAUGAAGAUUCUAAAAAUGAGGAAUUAAACUUAAAUAACACUUUAAUAGAAAAAUCAUUAAAUGGUUCUAAGCACAAUGCAACUAAAAAAAGUGCUAUUCAUAAUAUAAUUGGAAGUUCAGGACUUUUCUCAGAAGGCAAAAAAAGAAGGGAAGGUUUAGUUCAAGAAAGAAUUAUUAGUCCACGUCGAGAAGAAGAUCGAAUGGAUCAUAAAACACACAAAGGAAUAAAGGAAAAAUUACGUCGUCAAAAAGAAAGAGCCAAAUUCAAAGAACAAGUUGAAAAAAUAAGAAGACAUCGACGUAGUAAUAAAUCUAAAUCACAUUCACGGCAUAGUUUAAAUAAAAUACAAUUACCUACAUCCGAUUUAUCUACAAUGUCAGAGAGAAAAAUUAAAGAUACUUUUAGGAUAAAUAUGGCAAAUGUCAUGGUACAUUUUUUGAAUCCAUAUAGAAAAAAUGAUUGUAAACAAGGUAGAAUAACAAAUACAGAAGACUUUAAACAUUUAGCUAGAAAGCUUACACAUUUUGUACUUGCAAAAGAAUUAAAACAUUGUAAAAGUGUUGAUGAAUUACAAUGUAAUGAAAAUGUUAAACAUAAAGCUAAAGAUUUUGUACGUAAGUAUAUGAGUAAAUUUGGUGCAGUUUAUCAGAAAAGUACUGAUGAAGAUUAAUUCUGUAACUUAUGACAUGAAAUAGUUAUUUAUUAUAUGAAUUCUUCAUUUUGAAUAUUGUAAUAUAUCUACUAAAAAAUAUAUCUAAGUAAUGCCUAUGUAGAUAUAUCUGUAAUUAUUAUUAUUGUAAUAUAGAUCAAUUUGUACAUGCUUCA